GAACUAUCAGGGUCUCCAAAUACACAAAUAAAUGAACCAAAGAUUAAUAAAAAUAUGACCCCUUUAAGUUAUGCAGUUUCUCAGUUCUCUGGUAGCAUCAGAUCUGGCCCAUGUGGACGUCCAAAGGCUCCAUAGUGAACGUGAAAACACUGUCAUUAUCUGCAACACCGAUGCAUUAGUAAAACUCAUGUUUGACAAAUGACAGUGGUUGUAGAUGCUUGUUUUUACAUUCAGUCGAGGAUAUAUUUUCUUUUCUGUAUUCUGAUAUAAUAACCUCAGAAUUGACUCUGAGCAUUUUGGAACAGUAGUGAAUUAAAUAUAUGAAAAUAGAACAUUUUAAAUCUAUUUAAAUGUAGAGAAAAGUUAAUUAGGAAGUCUCAUAAAUAUUAAUCUCAGUCUCUAGGGGUUAAAAGUAAUUUUGUCUUUAAAUGUAAAAAAAAAACCCUGUACUAUAGAUAUGAAAAUAAUUCUUGCAUAUUUAUCAAAAGGAAAAUGCUUAAAAUUAUAGAGGUUGGCAGGAUCGUUGUACAAAUACCUCCUUACUGUACUUUACGUUUUAAUUUCUACAGAAUUUUGUACUCUUUGCAUUUCAACACAAAGACCUCCUUUCGACUCCUCACAGUUUCAAAGCGGACUUGUUACUCUAGUUAUAAUCCACUUGAGAGGAAUUAUUGGUUACUUUUAUUUUGGAUCACUGCUUACUUUCCUAACAUUAAAAAGUGCGUUCAACAUAUAACACAAAGAACAUGUCCUUGGCUUGGUUUAUGGGCGAAUAUGUUGAUUCUGAAAAAAUAUAACAAGAAAAAACAAUCAUGAAAGAGACUGAACUGUAGAUAGAAGGCGUCGUAAUGUCAUGUAAAUGUUAUGUUAAUAUGUUAAAAAUGCACAUGUAGAUACUUUUGUGAUAAAUGGACUCUAAAUUCAGUUAAAAUCCACGUAUGUGUGUGUUUGUUACACUGUAAGUAAGAAAAGUGUGUAGUUAGCACUUUACACAAAAGAUGACUGGUAUGAAAUGAUUAAACCAAAAACAUUUUUCAAGGCAUUUGAUGAGUUUCUCAAGAAAUGUUUGCUUUUAAAAAAGACUGUUUAAUAUAUAGAGUUUUGCACACACACACAAAAAUAGUGAAUUGUUUCAAAGACCAAGCUUCAGCAUGAACCAAAAAAAAAAAAAAAAAAAUAAUAAUAAUAAUUAUAAAAAAUCAGGUUUUUUCAGAAAGAAAUGUCAAAAGGUGACUUUACACUUUAAUACUAAGAACAUGUAAGAGGCUGCACUUUUUCACUUUCACUGCAGUAAAGAUGUUGAAUCAGUGCUUUUACUUUUACCAGACUUUCCCUGACAAAUAUAUGUGAUUCUACGUGAGGAAAAAUAAGUAUGCAUUAACAAUAAUCUUUCUUCUACUAUACUGGAGAAAAACACCUAACACUGUGAAUAUGAAAACACUGUCAUUUUCUGCAACACAGAUUCACUAACAUUUUUCAGCAUUUUGUUGACUUUUGUAAGAGGCAGUGUGUUUAAUGUGUAGAGUUUUGAGAAAAAAACAAAAACAAAAAACAAACAACAUUCUCAAGUGGGCAACUUUGUACUUUUAUACUUUGAGUAUUUUCACUUUCACUGUUUUAAAAAUGUUACUUUUUGGACACUUCUUCCUAGUAAUAUAUAUUCUUCUACUUGAAAGAAAAUAUGUAUGCAUUAACAAUAAAAUCCCCUCUGCUACUAUUGGAGAAAAACACCUUUCUCAUCUCAGUUUAAUGUGUAGAGUUUUGUUAAAAAAAAAAAAAAAAAAAAGAUCAUACCUCAACAUUACAAUUGGGCAACUUUAUACUGUAAGAGCCUGCACAUUUUUCACUUUCACUGCUUUAAAGACGUUACUUUUCCCAGACUUUUUCCUAUAAAUAAAUAUUCUUCUACUUGAAUGAAAAUGUGUAUGCAUUAACAAUAAAAUCCCCUCUGCUACUAUUGAAGAAAAACACAUUCCUUGUCUCAGUUUAAUGUGUAGAGGUUUGUAAAAAAAAAAAAUGCCCUCAACAUUAUCAUUUGGGCAACUUUAUAGUUUGAGUACAUUUAAGAGCCUGCACAUUUUUGCUGCUAAAUCAAACUGAGCUGCUAAACUGAUUUUCAUUGUUCCUGUGACAGUGACAAUAAAGAUCUAUUCUAUUCUAUUCUAUUUUCACUUUCACUGCUUUAGAGACAUUACAUUUCCCAGACUUUUUCCUACAAAUAUAUAUUCUUCUACUUGAAUAAAAAUAUGUAUGCAUUAACAAUAAAAUCCCCUCUGCUACUACUGGAGAAAAACACCUUCCUCUUCUCAGUUUAAUGUGUAGAGUUUAGUAAAAAAAAAAAAAAAAAAAAAAAAAAGAUCAUGCCUCAAAAUUCUCAUUUGGGCAACUUUAUACUUUUAUACUUUGAGUACAUGUAAGAGCCUGCUCAUUUUCACUUUCACUGCUUUAAAGAUGUUACUUUUCCCAGACUUUUUCCUACAAAUACAUAUUCUUCUACUUGAAUGAAAAUGUGUAUGCAUUAACAAUAUAAUUCCCUCCGCUACUAUUGGAGAAGAAACACCUUUCUCAUCUCAGUUUAAUGUGUAGAGUUUUGUAAAAAAAAAAAAAAAAAAAAAAAAAAUCAUGCCUCAACAUUAUCAUUUGGGCAACUUUGUACUUUGAGUACAUGUAAGAGCCUGCACAUUUUUACUGCAAAAUCAAACUGAGCUGCUAAACUGAUUUUCAUUGUUCCUGUGACAAUAAAGAUCUAUUGUAUUCUAGUCUAGUCUAGUCUAUUUUCACUUUCACUGCUUUAAAGGCAUUACUUUCCCCAGACUUUUUUCCUACAAAUAUAUAUUCUUCUACUUGAAUAAAAAUGUGUAUUCAUUAACAAUAAAAUCCCCUCUACUACAGGAGAAAAACACCUUCCUCGUCUCAGUUUUUUAUGUCUGUACAGACCACACUGCGCCUCUCGGUUUAAUUUCCCGGGAAAAUAUUAUGAUAAUGAGAUCACCCUUCUCCAAUCACGAGACUUUAAAUCCAACAGGCCCCGCCCUCCCUGAUGACAAACAAGAGGAAACUGUACAAAACCAUAAAAGGAAAAUACUCCCGCAUGCGCAGUGGCCUGAGUUUUGUUUGAAGUGAACUGCUGCCUGGAACUGCCCUACAAGCUGCAAAGUCGCCAAGCAUUGGAUUUUAACAGUAUAUUUGUCAGAUUUCGUGCAUAUUGUUUUAGUGCCUCUAUGCAUCGUAGAGACGAUGUUAGGCCAUCACUAUCCAAACCCCGACAAGUCGCAACAACUGGUCAACUAUGUGGAGGAUUAUCUGGAAUGUGUGGAGUCCCUGCCUUUGGACAUACAAAGAAAUGUUUCUCUGCUUCGGGAAAUUGAUGCAAAGUACCAAGAGGUGUUGAAGGAGGUGGAUGAGGUAUUUGAGAAGUACAAAGGUGAGCAGGAUGCUGCUCAGCGAAAACGCCUGCAGAUCCAGCUGCAGCGUGCGCUCAUCAUCAGCCAGGAGCUCGGCGACGAGAAGAUCCACGUGGUGACUCAGAUGACGGAGCUGGUGGAGAACCGCUCUCGGCAGAUGGACUCUCAUUCCAUGUGUCUUCAGGAGCCGGGUGAGGCCGAGCGGCUCACCACAGAGCGCCGGUCCAGUGUACAAGAGGCCCCCGCCCCCGAACGCACCUCAGCCCGACGUCCACGACGCCAGCGAAACAGCGAGAGUCGUGACUCGAGUCAUCCGCCGGCCAAUGGCUCUCUGGUGGAAGACCCUGUGGAGGAGCUGUCCAUCCCACAGCCAAGAGAGAAGAAGUCAAAGUCUGCAAAGAAGAAGAAACGCAAGGCCAAGCAGGAGCGCGACGCCUCACCAGUUGACUUCGCCAUCGACCCCAACGAGCCGACCUACUGUCUCUGUGAGCAGGUGUCUUAUGGUGAGAUGAUCGGCUGCGACAACGACCAGUGUCCCAUUGAGUGGUUCCACUUUUCAUGUGUGGGUCUGACCUACAAGCCCAAAGGCAAGUGGUACUGCCCCAAAUGCAGAGGGGACAACGAAAAGACCAUGGACAAAAGCCUAGACAAGAACAGAAAAGACCGCCGGUCGAGGUAGUGACCCCCCCACGCCCCUCCCUCCUUUCAGAGGUCUUCAGGCUGAGGGUUAGGACGAUCAGUGGUAGAUGACAACAGUAUAUGUGAUGUUGUAAGAGCACAAUCCAGCACCAUGACAAGCAGCGCUUAUUAAUCAAGGACGAGUUGAAAACUUGUGCUGUUCCAUCUCUGAUUAUUCCCAUCGACUACAGCUGAACUGUAGUCUGCAGGGAGAACUGCUGCUCCAAGAAUCAUCCGCUUGAAGCCGCCGUCUUCCCCAAGUGUUUUGCUUUUUGUGAGACUUAUUUUUCCAUUUUGACCUUGGGCAAAAGAGCAUCUUUUGGUUUUCUAUACCUGAUUUAAAAACGUAUUCCUGCGAAUAGUCCUCAUUUUCUUCGGUUUAGACUCAACAAGCACUGAACGUUUUUCUUAAUUUCAACUCACAAAACAUAAUUCAUGAAAUGUUCUCAAAUAUUUGAAAUCAGUGUCUGCCUCUAUACUAUAAUGGCUUGUAGAGAAUAGCCUUCACAUUUAAAAUGUUUACAAGAGAUUGAUAUUUAAUUGAGGAGAUGAUUGUUGACACUGGAAUAGGAUGUCAUGUUUGUGGACUUUAUGUUUUCACUAUCACUAUUGUGUAAAUUUCUUUUUAUAUUCAUUAAAACAAAGUAUAAUCAUGCA